CAAGCCGAUUCAGCUACGAUAUUCCCGUACCUCCACUCUCCAGCUGCCGAAGGAUUGGGGGUGCUUAUCACAGCUCCACUCCCCCACGGUCUCCGCAGCAUGUAGCGGCUGUCCAACGGAAAUGAUUGCCUUAUGGUAGUCUUGAAUAAGACCAUAAUCAGGCCCCAGCUUUUCUUCAACUAGCAAUUCUGAUCGAGCCAAGUAUUAAUACUUCUAUCUCGGUAUCAAACGUCUGGUUUUGCUUAACAAACUAUUGACAAGGUGGUAAUCUUUCAUCCAUACUUCACUAUACCUUAGGACGUAUCUAGCGCCGAUUCCCCAAACCCCAAUAUCUGACUGAAUAUCUUGGAGAUACCGAGCCUACUCAUCACAAUGGCGACGAUGACUACAGCAUACACUACCCUCGAGUUACUGACACCUCAUGGGCCUGUCUUUCGCCAAGUCAGCACAGCGCCCCCCCGCCCACCUACAGCAGAAGAGAUGCCGCUAAUUGACUUGAGCUCUAUUGACGGUGAACUCGAAGCUAGGAGGGCUCUGGCAACGAAGAUCAAAGCAGCCGCGGAAACCACGGGGUUUUUCUACAUUAACAAUCACGGAAUACCCGAUAGGCUCAUCGAGGAUGCUCUAACACAAGUACAAAGGUUUUUCGAGCAGCCACUGAGCGAAAAAGAGAAAGUCUCAUUCAGGUAUACGGGUCAGUCGAAUGGGUACCAUGGCGUCGGAGCUAGUCAGAUUAACAAAACCGAAUCUCGAGACAAGAAGGAAACUUUCUCCAUGCGAUAUGAUCCACGCCAUGACCCGGCCGGUGGUAACUCACUGAGUGCUGAUGAUAUUGCGAAGAAGUCCGAUGAUUUUAUCUGGGAUAAAACAAAUCACAUCGAAGGGUAUCGUUCUGUUUUGGUUGAAUUUUGGCAACGCCGUCUACAACUGGCUCGGAAACUCAUUCGCUUGUUUGCGCUCGCGCUCGAUCUGCCAGAGGACUAUUUCGACGCCAUCGUGACUCACCCAGGCGCCGACGCGGUGCACAUCCACUAUCCUGGGCUAAUCGAUGCUUCCAAAGCAGCAGAUGUUGAUGUCGGCAUCGGGUCGCAUACCGAUAUCCAAUGCAUCACACUAUUAUGGCAGGACAAUUCCGGAGGUCUCCAGGUAUUGUCGCUCGGUGGUGAGUGGCUAGACGCCAAGCCGAUCGAAGGGACUUUCGUCGUGAAUAUUGGCGACUUCAUGCAGCGCCUCUCGAACAACAAGUUCAGAUCUACUGUGCACAGGGUAUACAACCGUCGGACGGAGUCGCGAUACGCGAUGCCCUUCUUCCUGGGGUUCAACCCUGAAGCCAUCUGCGAAGUUGUCCCCACGUGCAUUGAUGAAGACCACCCUGCUUUGUACGAGCCUAUAUCAUGCGGAAAGUGGCAUCGGGAUCGACUCACACUGGCGCAAAGAGGCAGUCUCUAAUCAAGGUCUGUCAAAUGUGUGCCAGGAGGAUGAGAUUGUGUAUGGCUGAGCUAUGCCAAGAUAUGGAGCAGAGCAGAUUCAUGUGGGCACCCAGUAUACCUCAUGUUUCCCUUGUUAGUCUAUUGGAGACUAUGCCGUAGUAUGUGAUUCACCUCGAGUGGAAAUUGCAUUGUAGUUAUACGCGCCUCGAAAUUAUACGAACAGACGUUGUUAGGAUUGCACCGUAAAGCGAGGUCUAAUGCUUAUACACAGAGUGUUUUCAAUAUGAUACCUGCAAUGAAUUCCCA